CUAAAACAAUCGGCAGCAUAUAUCAGUACAGGGUUACUUACAGCAACUGGCAGUUUAAUUUAUGCUUUUGAAAAUGCGAUAACAGUUGAAGCUGGCGAACACGUUGUUCAUCCAUACAAACUGCCAUGGUCUCACCGAGGAUUUGGCAAAUCCUUAGAUUAUUCAUCGGUUCGACGUGGAUAUGAAGUUUAUAAACAGGUUUGCGCUGCAUGUCAUUCUAUGAAAUAUAUUCGAUAUCGGCAUUUCGUUGAUAAGAUAAUGACUGAAGAAGAAGCGAAAGCAGAAGCAGCUGAAGCAAUUAUCCAUGAUAUCGAUGAUAAAGGUAUGCCUAUAGAACGACCUGGUACAUUGAAUGAUAGUCUGCCGAAUCCAUAUCCGAAUGCUAAAGCUGCCGCUGCUGCAAAUAACGGUGCAGUACCACCGGAUCUUUCCUUGAUAUCCUACGCGCGGCAUGGUGGUGAUGAUUAUAUAUUUUCUUUGCUAACUAGUUAUUUCGACCCACCAGCCGGAAUAAAGGUGGACGAGGGAAAGGCAUAUAAUCCUUACUUCCUUGGUGGUGUUAUAUCAAUGCCUCAGCAAUUAUAUGAUGAAGGUAUUGAAUACAAAGAUGGUACUCCUGCUACUUUAAGUCAGCAAGCGAAAGAUGUCUCUACUUUUCUUCGAUGGACCGCAGAACCAUAUCAUGACACUCGUAAAUUAUAUGCUAUGAAGGUGUUAGCCAUAACGCCUUUCGUCGCUUUUGUUUUAAUUUAUGCAAAAAGGAAGGCCUGGACAUUUUUGAAAAGUCAGCAGUUUACUUGGCGUUCUGUGAAAGGAAGAGAGUCACCGAAAAAAUCUUAG